AUGGAUUAUUUAGAUUUAUUUUGUAUUUUUAUGGCUUUCUUAGGUUUUUCAUUAGGUUUUUUUGGAAUAAAAUUCCUAAACAAAAACAAAAACAAAAACAUCAACAACAACAACAUCAACAUCAACAACAACAUCAACAACAACAACGCCUUCCCACAACAAAAUUCACCAAACCGUUAUACUGCUCCAUUAACACAACAACAACAACAACAACAACAACAACAACAACAUCAACAUCAACAUCAACACUGUCAAAACCCACAACCAAAGAUACAUUACAUUUCAUCAAGUUCUCUUAGUCAGAUGUUUUCAGAACAUUACGAUAGACGUUGGGUAACUAUUUUUGGAUUCCCACAAGAGAAAAUUGAAUUAGUCGUUGAUGAACUUUCAAAAUUCGGAAAUAUACUUGAAAUGAAGUACCCACAUCAAACAAAUGCAAAUUGGGUUUAUUUGAAAUUUGAUUCCGAAGCCACCGCAUCGUAUAUUUUAAAUUUGGGAAGUUUAUCUUUCAACAAGUUUAUGCUUGGUUUUGUUCCUUAUAAAGAUAAACUUUAA